GUUAAAGUUGCUAUUUUUAAAGAUAUUUUGAAGUGAAAUUUAAAUCUAAUAGUUAAAAAGUAAAUCAGGAAAAUUUCAUAAAAUAAAAAAAAAUCUAAAAAGACCAAAAUCAUUUUAAACAUAGGAUUGAGGAUAAUUGGACGUUGAAAAUAUCAAAAGAUUUUUAAAAAAUAAAACCCGUGAAAAAAGUUAUUACGUCAAAAGACCUCUUGCUUGAGUUACCUCUCGGGUGUGAAACAAUUGGCUGUUCAUCAUAAUCCUAAUCACAAGUGAUAUUAAAUAUGAUAAUAGAUAAUCCGGAUGCCCUAAAGGGCUGGCUUACAGUUAUAUUGCAACCAUUGUGUGAUGCUGAUCCAUCUGCCCUAGCUAGGUAUGUUUUUGCUUUACUUAAAAAAGAAAAGCCAAUUAAAGAGCUAAAAAAAAGCAUGAACGAGCAAUUAGACGUAUUUUUGGCUGAAGAAACAAAACCUUUUGUGGAGAGAUUGUUUUCAGCUAUUGCAUCAAAGGAAUAUUUAAUGCCCAUAGCUCAGCCAGAUGAGAAAGAAUCUAUUGAAACUGAUAAAAAAGAAGUAGAAAAUAAUAAUAUAGAAGACGACAAAAUUGCUCGGGAAUGCACUCCACCAUUACAACAAUCACAAAAUGUUCAACAAACUACAAAAGCCAAAGAUAAACAUACUGAAAAAUUGAACAGUACAACCCCUUCUUCAUCAAGUACAAGCGCAGUUACUAUUAAUCAAGGAACGCCACACACACCAACGUCUUCUGUUGUGAUAUCCCCUAUAAGCAAUACUUUAAGUAUAAACUCUGCGAAAACUGCCUCUGAUAAGGAAAAUAAUCCUCGUGAGCUUCGAAGGCGUAGAGGCUCUUUGCGGUCAAGAUCUAGAUCACGUUCUCCAAGUGAUAGAAGUCGUCAAAGAUCAAGAUCACGUGAACGAAGGGCCCAAGAACGAGAAAAAAUGUCAAGACAAUUUCACAAUAAAUCUCCUCCAGCCGUUAGCGAAAGGCGUCGCACAGAGCGUAGGGGGACAAAUAACGAGCGCCUCGGAAGAGGAGGUGCAAACAAAAGCGGAAGGACAAGAAGUCAUUCGGCAUCAAGAAGCAGAUCUCCUUCACCAGAAUUGAGAAAAAUUUCGCGAUCUAUAUCACCUUCUGGAAACAAUGAUAAUAUGAACAAUAUUGUAGGCAAAAGGCAAAGAUGUCGCGAUUUCGAUGAAAAAGGCUAUUGCGUUAGAGGUGAAACUUGUCCAUGGGAUCAUGGUGUUAAUCCUGUAGUAUUGGAAGGUAUCAAUAAUUCAACUGCAUUUCUGACAAUGCCGCAGCAUUUGAGAGAGUACAAUCCCGAUGCUCCAGAACUGUGGAACCGGGGAAGUGUUGGUGCUCCGUUCAAUGGGCCACGUGGUACUUUUCCUCCAAUUCGUCCACCUGGUUUCAGACCAGCAGGACCUCCCUUUCCUUUUGCCAUAAAUCCAGCUGUGACUCCCUUACAAAGGGAAUUAAUUCCAGUGCCAGUUGUAGACGCAAAUGCAGGGGGAGAUGUUGCAGGAAUUGCGGCCAGCAAUUUGCAUUCAAAACGCCGGUAUGAGCCCGAAGAUACGGUCGCAGUAGCUGAAGGACCGAUUAAACGAAAAAUACCAAUUAAUAGUCGAUUGGGUCCUAGAGUGACUGGGGGUCCUCAGCAAAAUUGUUCAUUAGAAUUACGAAAAGUCCCUAGAGGAAUGAACACAAUAGCUCAUCUUAAUAAUCACUUUUCAAAAUUUGGAAAAAUUAUUAAUAUUCAAAUAAGUUAUGAUGGUGAUCCGGAAGCUGCAAUUGUUACUUUUUCAACACACGCAGAAGCAAAUGUUGCAUAUCGAAGUACUGAAGCUGUUUUAAAUAACCGGUUCAUAAAAGUCUUUUGGCAUAGCUCUGGUGGCGAGAGCGGCCCCCCAAAUGCAUCAAAUAAAGAAGAAAUAGUUGCGAAUGGACGUAAAAGUAGUCAAUAUCAUUUGACAAAUUUGCCUGCAACAGGGGUUACUACUUCACCAGCAGUAGCUGUUGCUGCAACAGAAAGUGCAAAAACCGUUAGCGUUCCAAGUGCAGUUGUAGGUUUAUCUCAAUCGUCUACACCGAUUACAUCCGCUGCUAAUGCGGUAAUCACCACAAGUGCUUCAAUCGUCUCAACUGGUGCUCAUACUCAAACUACAUCAUCUACUACCCAAGUGCAAACAACUACAGCUGUUAUUACUCAACCUUCAAUGCGCCUUAAAAAUAAUACAAGUUCUCGACCUUUGCCAGCCGCUGCAUCAAUUAUAAGAAAAAAACAAGAAGAACAAGCAAAAGCUGUUGUUCAAUUAGCUCAAGGCUUGCGAAAACGUAAACAAGAGCUAAUUCAAGAGUAUUUGAAGCAAAUGAAAUCGGCAGUAGAACUUUUAGAAAGAAUGGACCAAAAUGAUCCCCAAAGACCUAAAAUGUUAGAAACGAUAAAAAACCUACAAGGUAAUAUUGAUAAAUUAAAUAAAGAAUUAUCGACAGAACAAGAAAAAGUAGCUGCUAAAAUUCAAUCGACAACCCAACCCGUUAAAAAAACGAAAGAGCAGCAGAAGAAAGAAUUAUUAGACAUUGAAUUAGAGCUUAUUGCGCAGCAACAAGAAGGAAAUGAUACUACAGCAAUACAAAAAAAAUUAGAAGAACUGCAAAGGAGUUUAGGUAUUUCAGCAAGUCAAAAACCACAUUUUGGAAUUGCAGGGACCGGGAUUGGUCCAACAAGAGUAAAUCACCGUAUAAGAAGCGCUCCAGCAUCUUCAAAACUUGAUCGUAGACCAAAAACCUUAUGUGUAACCGGAUUUGUUAGCGAAGAUAGCGAUUUGCUUUUGGGUCAUUUCAAACAUUUUGGAGAAAUUACAAAACAUGAAGUCGAUAAAUCAAUACCAUCGUUAAAAAUUACGUACGCAACAAGAUUAACGGCUGAACAAGCAGCAAUUCGUGGGCGAAUGUUUAAAGACAAACAACUUCAAAUUGUUUGGGUAGUGGCUCAGACAACAAAUAACUCUAUAGUUUCUGAAAAACAAAAAAUAAUUCAAUCACCAGCUAGUGAUGAACAUGUAGCGAACAACAAACAAUUACCAUUAACUACCACAAACGAGAAGAUCGCCGAGAAUUUAACAAGUAUGGAUACGAAUAACUUACCAGAACUGCCGCUGGAGGAUGAGGAAGAGGAUGACGAGUCAGAAGAUCGUUCAUGGCGCCGUUGAUAUUAAAAGAAUGUAAUCAAAUAUAUUUUAAGAAAUUUGUGGACUGUGUAAAACUUGAAGUAAUACAAUUUAUUUUGUUAUUUUUUUUUAUUAUUAUUAUUGAUAAUUUUAUUGAAAACGUUAUAAAAUUAGAAAAAAAAAAUGCAAAGAAUAUAUUCAUCCUUAAAAGAUAUAUCUUAAGUGACUAACAGAAUUAAGAAAAAAUUCAAACUUAGUUUAAAUGUAGUGGAGUGAAUAUAUAUUUAAUAUAUAUAUAAAAUAUAUAUAUAUUGUAUAUAUAUAUGUUGUAUUCAUGCAUAUAUAUAAAUACAAACAUUUGUAUAUAUAUAAUUAUGUAUAUAUGUAAACUCAAUCAUUAUAAUUUUUCAUCUAAAUUUUUAAUGUAAUGCGCUUGUAAAAUAAGAUCAUGUCUAUUAGUCAAAUAAGGAACAACUUAUCCACAAAAUUUUCAAAAGUGUAAAUUUUUUAAUAAUUUCAAAUAUUUUCUCCUGCUUUUUUUGAAACAAGAAAAAAAUUUACACCAAAACAGAUCGCGCAUACCUCUGAUAAUUAAAAUCUAAUUAUUUUUCAUUCAUAUUCUCUUAGUCGCAUCACUUGUGGUUAAUGAGACGUUAUUAAUGGAAAGAAUUUUUUUUUUGAGAGGUGUUUUCAAAUUUUGGAAUUUAUUUUAUUCAGAAAACUGCAAAAUAUUUGAAUAACGAUCCGCCAGCUCAAGUGAUUUGGCUAACAGAAUGUGGGUUAAUAUCAUUAAAAAAUCAAAUUUCGAAAUUUAUAACUUGUAAAUUGAAUAUAUUUAAAAAAAAAAAUUGGUUAAUAAUAGCAAUUUUUCAGUUAACGAUAAAUACCAGAAAUAAAAAAACAAUUACGUAUACAUAGUUCUUGAACAAGUAUGUUCGUAAUUAUUAUUUUCUGUUAAAAUUUACUUUUUUUGAUUAAUGGAUAUAGUGAUCAUGGAUAGAGUCCUAUAAUUGAAUUUUUUUAAAUUAAGCGCAAUAUUAAAAAAAGCAAAGAUGCAUUAAAACAUAAUUCUCGUUAAAUUUUAAAAAAAUGGGAAGAAUUACUUCACUUACUUUAAUAUGAAUUUUAAUAAUUACAAUGAAAUUUCAAGGUUUUGCAGGAAAAGAUAAAAUUAUUUGAAUAUCUACAUUUCUUUUUAAAUAAUUUUACUAUUUUUUUUUAGAAAUUUAAUGGAAAAAAUACUAGCUAAUUACAUUAUUUAUUACAUGUAAACCAAUUCUAAUUCAAAUAAAACAAAUGUGAACUAAUUUUAAGUUCUUCAAACUUAUAUAUGAGUGUGAAAAUAUUACAUAAAUGCUUUUCCCUAUCUCCUUUCAAUAUUUAUAAAAAUUAUAAAAAUCAUGUUCACCCA